AAACAGAGCAGGAAAAGGACAGACAGGAGAAGAGGAGGGAACAGUCCAUGGUAAUGUGUGCCUGCUCGUCCCAGUCCAGCCCAGUGCAGCGCCCCCUCCUCCUCCAGCUCUACUGGGUCAGUACCCUGGGACAGCACCUGCUCCCCCGACAGACAGACAGACUCUCAGGACCCGCAGCUGUGUGAGCCUUGAGUCCAGCCGCUCCUCCACACAUAAAGAGACUCCGACCAUCCCCAGAGAACCCAACCUUCCAUUCACAGGAGUCUUAGCGGUGGCUGCAGCAGAGUGAUCCAGUAGGUAGCAGGGUAAGAUAAGUUCGAGGUCAAGAUGGCGGGACAGGGGCUGCUGCCCUCCACCAACCGUUACCUCCUCCUGCUCCUGGGGGUUCUGUCUGUGGCCCAUGCCUCCAUCUUCCUCAAGGCCUCCUUCCAGAGAGACCGCCGUAACAUCAGGCCCAACAUCAUCCUCAUUCUCACUGAUGACCAGGACAUGGAGCUCGGCUCCAUGCAGGUCAUGAAUAAGACACGUUGUAUCAUGGAGCAGGGCGGGACUCACUUCUCCAACGCCUUUGUGACCACGCCCAUGUGCUGUCCUUCACGCUCCUCCAUGUUGACGGGGAAGUACGUUCACAACCACAACACCUACACCAACAACGAAAACUGUUCCUCCCCCUCCUGGCAGGCCCAGCACGAGACUAGGACCUUCGGAGUGUACCUCAACAACACCGGCUACAGGACAGGCUUCUUUGGGAAGUACCUGAAUGAGUACAACGGUUCCUAUAUUCCUCCUGGGUGGAGAGAGUGGGUGGGGCUGGUCAAGAACUCACGCUUCUACAACUACACCCUGUGCAGGAAUGGAGUCCGCGAGAAGCAUGGCUGCGAGUACCCUAAGGACUACUUUACGGACCUCAUCACAGAGGAUGGCAUCAACUACUUCCGCUCGUCUAAGAGGAUGUACCCUCACCGGCCAGUAAUGAUGGUGAUGAGCCAUGCAGCCCCCCACGGGCCAGAGGACUCAGCACCUCAGUACAGCACUGCCUUUCCCAACGCAUCCCAGCACAUCACUCCCAGCUACAACUAUGCCCCGAACCCGGACAAGCACUGGAUCAUGAGUUACACUGGUUCCAUGAAGCCCAUCCACAUGGAGUUCACCAACAUGCUACAGAGGAAGAGGCUGCAGACCCUGCUCUCUGUGGACGACAGCGUGGAGAAGGUGUAUAACAUGCUGGCUGAGACUGGAGAACUGGACAACACAUAUAUCAUCUACACAGCUGACCACGGCUACCACAUUGGUCAGUUUGGCCUGGUCAAGGGCAAGUCCAUGCCCUACGAGUUUGACAUUCGAGUACCCUUCUACAUCCGAGGGCCCAACGUGGAGGCAGGAGCCAGCAACCCUCACGUGGUGCUGAACAUUGACCUGGCGCCCACCAUCCUGGACAUCGCUGGCAUGGACGUCCCUCCGGACAUGGACGGCAAGUCCAUCCUCAAACUGCUGGACAUAGAGAGACCAGUCAACAGGUUCCAGGUGAAUAAGAAGGGGAAGGUGUGGAGAGACUCGUUCCUGGUGGAAAGAGGGAAAUUGCUCCACAUGCGUGAUGUGUCUUCAGGGAAGGACGUGGCCCAGGAGGAGAACUUCCUGCCUAAAUACCAGCGGGUCAAGGACCUGUGUCAGAGAACAGAGUACCAGACACCCUGCCAACAGCUGGGACAGAAGUGGCAGUGUGUUGAAGAUGCUACGGGGAAACUGAGGCUGUAUAAGUGUAAGGCCAUGACCAGCAUGUCUGCAGAACGGAAGGAGGGCCCUGCCAACAUCAGGUCCCAAUUUUACCCCCAGCGCGAAGUAAAGCACAUCACAGAGCGCAACACAGAGCCCGAAGGCUGCAAUUGUGACCAGUUCCCUAGCUUCAGACUCAGUGCCUUCAAGAAGAAAAAGUUCCUUUCCAAGAAGAAGAUGAAGGCUGUCAAGAGCUAUGCCCGUAACCGUUCUGCCCGCGCCGUGGAGAUGGAAAUAGGAGGGGAACUGUAUGCUGUAGACUUGGGGGAUGGCUACCAGCCUGUACUGGCCCCCAGGACCCUCAGCGAGGCUGGGGCCCCGGGGCCACGCGACGACACUGAGGACGACUUCAGUGGCAUGGGAUUCACCAUCAGUCCCAGGACUAGCAGCAACAGUCUGGCUAUAGUACCUUCUGACAUCAAAGUCACACACAGGUCAGGGAGUGUGUUGAGGUUCUAUGUGGAUGGAUGCUCCAUCCUGGCCGAUGACACAGUGAAGUGUGACACAGGGAUCUAUAAGUCUGUGCAGGCCUGGAAGGACCACAAACUCCACAUCGACCAUGAGAUUGAGACCCUGCAGACCAAGAUCAAGAAUCUGAGAGAAGUCAGGGGUCAUCUGAAGAAGGCCCGCCCAGAGGAGUGUGACUGUCUCCGCUACAUCUACCAGUCUAAGUACAAGAGUAAGCUUAGGCACAAAGGAAGCAGCAUUCACCCAUUCAGGAAGGGUCAGGAUAAGGAUAACAAGGCGUGGCUGCUGAAGGACCAGAAGAGGAGGAAGAAGAUGAGGAAGCUGCUGAAACGUCUGAGGAACAACGACACCUGUAGCAUGCCUGGUCUAACCUGCUUCACCCACGACAACCAGCACUGGCAGACCGCCCCCUUCUGGACAAUGGGUCCAUUCUGUGCCUGCACCAGUGCCAACAACAACACCUACUGGUGUGUGAGGACCAUCAACGAAACUCACAACUUCCUGUUCUGUGAGUUUGCGACUGGCUUCCUGGAGUACUUUGACCUCAACACAGAUCCCUACCAGCUGAUGAAUGCUGUGAACACGCUGGACCGAACCGUCCUAAAUCAGCUCCACGUUCAACUCAUGGAGCUCCGCAGCUGCAAGGGCCACAAGCAGUGCAACCCCCGUACCCGCAACCUGGAGCUGGGAGGUAAAGAGCGAAGCAUCUUUGAUGAAUACAGAGGGCGUCAUCCACCCCCACCGCCCAGCACAUCUGCCUUAGUCAUCUAAUCAUCUCUACCUGUAGAGGGCGCCAUCCACCCCCACCGCCCAGCACAUCUGCCUUAGUCAUCUAAUCAUCUCUACCUGUAGAGGGCGCCAUCCACCGCCCAGAACAUCUGCCUUAGUCAUCUAAUCAUCUCUACCUGUAGAGGGCGCCAUCCACCGCCCAGCACAUCUGCCUUAGUCAUCUAAUCAUCUCUACCUGUAGAGGGCGCCAUCCACCCCCACCGCCCAGCACAUCUGCCUUAGUCAUCUAAUCAUCACUACCUGUAGAGGGCGCCAUCCACCCCCACCGCCCAGCGCAUCUGCCUUGGUUGACUCUCAUUUUCAUAAGACUGCAGUGCCUCACAAUGUCUCUCACUCUUUUUGAUACUCUGCUGUCCAUGUGUCUUGUCUGUUUCUCCAUGUAGCUGCCUCAUAAACUAGUGUGAAUGUCAGAGAAUGAACCCAUUCAAGCAUUCAUAUAGAAUAGAAUACUACUCUGUCCUGGGACCAGUUUACUGGGAGCAGUGUUCACGUGGUGGUGAUGAGGAGAGUACAGACACAACGGGAGACAGAGGUUUGCUGUGGAUGACACUGUUUUGUCUGUGUGAUCUUGUCUCAUCAGAGGACAGAUUUGGGAAGGCUGGGAGGGAUAGGGUCCAGGAGGCGACAGUGGCCCCGUCAGAAGCACCCAGUGCAGGAGGAACGGGAAUGGACUGGUCAGAACUUGAACCCUUGUACAGACUUGACAAGCACGCGUAUGAUCUCAAACUCAACUUCAACGUCAGCCUGGAGGACUGGGACAACUUUGACUGGACCGUAGACAGGAUGUUCACGUUGCUCGGCAACUUCAACCACCAGCCGAACGGGCGCCGCAGCAACUUGAUUCCUGGGGAGGGUAGAGGAGGAAGAGACCACGCCCUGGUGUCCUCAACGGACCAAUCAGCCUCAGCCAUCUACCUGACCACCCUGGCCACUCCAGCUCUCCUGCUGAGAGAGGCUGCGGCCGAGGUCCUGAGGGAGGCGUUGGGGCUGAAUGGAGGGGAGCACCGCUCUUCCUCCUCCUCCUCUUCCUCCUCCUCUUCCUGUCCUCCAGUCCCAGCCGAGGAGGGCCGCUCAGACUGGGACCACUCCCCACCUCUCCUCAACCAGUUAGGGGAGGAGGGCCCUCCUAGACUGCAUGACGAGGAUGAGGAGGGCAGGGAUAGGGGUGAUGAAGAGGAGGAGGAAGAGUUGUUUAGGAGACGGUCGGCCCGGUGGAGGCUGAACCAUGCUCACUGUCAGUGCAGUGACUUUGUUCAGGAAGCUGAGAACGGGUUGCCUGUAUGACUGCCUGUAAGACCCCUCUCUCACUCUGUCUCCCCUCCUCACCUGAGAUUUUAAGGAGCCUGAAUCAGCACAAUGUCACCUCUGGCCUGUCCACCACGCAGACCCGCUUAACUUCUCACCCUCCUCCUCCUCAGGCCACAGCAACACUUCCUGGCUGAUAUGGGGGCGAGCCUGUCCCUUUAAUCAAGACUGCAGUCCUCCAGUGCCCCAACCAUAUCCCAGGCCAGCAGACGGCCCACUGCUGGUCCCUUCCUGUAAUACACCAAUGGACUUCACCAAGAGAUUCUUUGUGAGCGAACACAGCAGCAGCAACACAUGAUUCUUUAUGAGCUAACACAGCAGCAGCAGCACAUUAUUCUUUAUGAGCUAACACAGCAGCAGCAGCACAUGAUUCUUUAUGAGCGAACACAGCAGCAGCAACACAUGAUUCUUUAUGAGCGAACACAGCAGCAGCAGCCCAUGAUUCUUUAUGAGCGAACACAGCAGCAGCAGCCCAUGAUUCUUUAUGAGCUAACACAGCAGCAGCAGCACAUGAUUCUUUAUGAGCGAACACAGCAGCAUCCCAUGAUUCUUUAUGAGCGAACACAGCAGCAGCAGCACAUGAUUCUUUAUGAGCGAACACAGCAGCAGCCCAUGAUUCUUUAUGAGCGAACACAGCAGCAGCCCAUGAUUCUUUAUGAGCGAACACAGCAGCAGCAGCCCAUGAUUCUUUAUGAGCGAACACAGCAGCAGCCCAUGAUUCUUUAUGAGCGAACACAGCAGCAGCCCAUGAUUCUUUAUGAGCGAACACAGCAGCAGCAGCACAUGAUUCUUUAUGAGCGAACACAGCAGCAGCCCAUGAUUCUUUAUGAGCGAACACAGCAGCAGCAACACAUGAUUCUUUAUGAGCGAACACAGCAGCAGCAACACAUGAUUCUUUAUGAGCGAACACAGCAGCAGCCCAUGAUUCUUUAUGAGCGAACACAGCAGCAGCAGCACAUGAUUCUUUAUGAGCGAACACAGCAGCAGCCCAUGAUUCUUUUCCUAAUGCAGGAUGUUACUUUGCUUUGUUUUUGGGGAGCUUUGGGAAUAUGAGAGGAAAAUAAACUUGAUUGAUUUUUGAUAUUCAUUGGAUUCUUUGAAAAAAGAUUGUGUAUUCUAUAUGUGUAUUUGCCUUUGUUUGUUUUUACUAAUGGGUGUAUGAAUUGGUGCUGGUUCCACCCCCCUGUGCUGACUACGUGUAUGUGGCACAUUGAUUAAGGCUUUUUUUUUUACCAAUGUGUUACUAAGUCAUUUUUGAAAACACUUAAUUCCACAAAAUGCAGAUUAUCAAUUAUGAGGUUCAGUGACACACACACACACCUUACACACUUAGAGUGCUGUGGAACUUGCCUUUGAGUUUGGCGUCAAACCGACACGAGGAGGCCGUGGUUAGGGUUGGAGUGCAGGUAGGAACUGGGACUACGUGUCAUCUAAGUGCCAUAUCUUUUCAGUGUUGCAGCUUAUUUUAGUUCUACUAUGUUUCUAAUGAAAAACAAGAGACUUGAUAUUUAUGUGAAUCAAAGCUUUCCCUUUUGUUGUGUUCUUAUUUUCAUUUCAAAAUGACUGGAGUUCUGGACGUUGAACAGAAUAAGAUGUUUUUACUGAAAAUAUCUCUACCGCUACAACUUGGUAGCUGUGGCAUUAACCGUUUUGAGAGAGUCCAAUCAGAAAACAUGCAAUCGAAGGCACUUAUCUGAUGUGAACCCACUGAGACGUAUAGAGAUCACAACAUUGUAGCUGUCCCAUUAUGGUGUCUGUGACAGUAUGGGCAGCACCACUGAAGCCAUUUCCAUUUUAAAAUAGUCUGUUUUCUUCUUCUUCAGAUAAAAAAAAAAGUGUCAACUAAUAUAGGUGUCUUAUCGCCUCCUGCAGUGCUGGAGUCCUGAACCAAAUUUUGUGUCAUUCAUUUAUUGUAGCCACUAGAUGGCAGUCACAUAGCUUGAAGCCAUUUACAAACUAGGCAAACCAUUUUAAAGAAGAAGACAAUGCUCUGCUUAUUGGCUGAUCGCUCCCAACCCCAUACGAAUCUCUACACAGUUGACUACUGUAAAAUGCCUGGAAGCCCUCAAUGGCAAUAUCCAUGCAAAAACAGGUUAUUUCUAUGUAAUGAUCCUCAUACAUCUCUAUGUGUAAACCUGACUUGUCUAGUCUGGUUGGUUCAUCCAGGAAGUCUGUUUCAUGAAGUCAUCAGUCCACAGUUGAGUUCCCCUGCUAAGACGUUGUUGCAUGUAUCAACCAAUGGUUGUGUGCCAGGUCAUCGACUGUGCUGUCGGGCACCAGAUUGCUAGGACAUAUGAUAUGGUUAGCGGGAAUGUAAAACAACUAUCCAAUGGCUGGGCAGAGGAACGUGCCCCACUACCUCUCUCUGAUGUCAUCAAAGGCUUCAGAGAGAAAAGGUGUGCUUGUUUUGCAAGCCGAUGUGUCCCAGAGAUGGGCGGGACAUAGGUUUCAUGACCCACUCACCUUAUACAGCAACCCUGGCAGUUUAUUCUGCCUAAUACCACUUAGAGAUACUCAGACACAUGCUGGCUUGUAAAACAAGCCCACACAGUCACGAUCGGCCAUAACUUCAUGGUCUAAAGACUGUAGUUACACGUGUUUCUCUUCAAAAAAAAAAUACAUGGAGAAAUAAAUGUAUUUAACAAAUGCUGCAUUCUUUAUAACAGUAGAUUUGUUCGCUAUACAUGGUGCUAUUGGGGUCUCAACAUAUAUAUAAAAUUGCUGAGUGUAUUUGAAUGUAGGUUUUUUGCGAUUAAUGUAAAUGUUCAAAUAUAUUUUAUAAUAAACAGAUAUUACCUUUCGCACAGCGCUUCAUCAAAAGGGUCAAAUAGUGGGUGCUUAUAUUUCUCCUGUUUCACUGCAUGUACAAGUGGGUAACUUGUACACGUUUGGUAAUGGGAAUUUAGCAUAUCCUUACUCCCCCUGACAGUGGGUUCGUGGCCAGGGAUCUGUCGUUAUUGACCGGGAACCUGGAGCACUUUGGAUUGAGUGACUUUGCUCAUGUGCAGAUCAACAGAUUUUUCACCUUGUUUUUACGGGGAUUCAACAUAUCGGCCUUGCGGUUACUGGUCAAAUGUUCUAACUGCUAGGCUACCUGCCGCCCUACACUGCACCUACACUGCACCUACACUGCACCGAUGCUUCACCCCUGUAAGUAGUCUUCUGAUGUGAAUACCCUUGAGCAGAAGGAAUCUUUCCACCCUCAAUUUACCAGGAAACCGACCCCCCCCCCCCAAUAAUUUUGUACUAUAUUGUACGAGGUAAAACAAGUCCCUUCUCCCCCUGGGAAAAAAUAAGCAACAGUACUUUUUAUUAGCACUUUGAAAUGGACUACUGUAUGUGGACAAAAAAAAGUGAGGGUUUUAUCAUAACGAUGCCUUGUGUAGUUCCAUGGGUUUAUCGUGCAUAUAUUUUGGUUUCCAGUGAACAGUUGAUAGCUGUAACUAGUUUUUGUGAAUAAAGUGUUGAAUACCAA